UGUCUUAGGAGUCCCAAGUGACCUUUAACUUUUACCUUUAUAGAUAAACUUUCGUUUGUAACUGAUAAUGAACUGUAAUAACAGGGCAAUAGCCAGUUUAAUUUUGUAACAUGCAUAAACUCCAACUUAAUUUCCCAAAUGAGCAUUUUAUAAAUAGUGAGUAGGAAAAAUACAUAAAACAGAGGUGGACAUUACUAUUUCUGUUCUGGUAUUCUCCUUUGCUAAAAUAUUACUCCAUAAAAUAAAAAUAAAAUUAUUAUGUUCCACAAAGAGUAAUGAUGAUCAGUCUCAAAUCCCCCCUGGGAAAUUUAAAGGUAAAAACACAGUUAUCUUCAUAUCUUCCUCUUUAUGUAGCAUAUUGCUUAAAUUUGUAAAUUUAUAAUUUCCUCAAAACAAAAAAAACUCUCAAUAACUUGUCCACUCCAGGUGUCCUUAAUACUGUGUAUUGUCACGUGUAUUUAAAGAAGAAAUGCCAACUCCCUUUUUUGAGACUUGCUUGUUUGUGGGUGCAGUGGAAAGGGAAAAUAGCCAGGUUAAUUAGAAUCUUUGUAUCAAUGGCAGGUGGCCUUUUAUUUUCAACACUCUAAUAACAGUGACUUCAACCUAAAGGUUCCUAUCAUCAAAAUAGAAAACAAAUUUGUGGAAAAGAAAAAGUAAGAUUUGUUUUAUACUUUCAAUAUACAGAAGCCUGUAGCAUAGACUAGUGUUUUGAAAGUCACAAUGGGGUUCACUUGGAAGUUGUUUUAAAGACAAUGUGUAUUUGAAGUGUACAUGUUAUGACUGUGCAAGAGACGGAAGGAUAGAAAUUUAUGUGGCAAUGUGUACUGCAUUAACCACAGAGACGGUGGAGUUAAGAAAGUCUGAAAAACAAGCCUUAUUUUCUCAAGGUCAUCCCUUCUUGACACUUUCAUCCCCUGCUCCUUACUGCAGAAUCCCAGGUGCCUGCUCAGACGGCCUAUUCUGUUAAGCUUUUGGGGAGAAUAUAUUAAUAUUUCAGAAAUAACACACAGAAGAAUAAAACAGGAACUGUGUUUACUUGAGUUCUUUAAAAGCUCUUGGAUGACUCUUUGACUGAUGAAAUGGCAAUCUAUACAGAUCCCCUGAGUAUUGAAUGCUGAAAUUCAGCAGAAAGGGCACACAAAAAAUUUUCUUUGACCUCUGGUGUAACAGCGAUGUCUGCCCCAGAUGUUAGAAUUACAAGUCACAUUGCUCCCAAGGGGCACAGUUCUCUUUGGUUUAUCCCACAGGACUCUACUCAGCAGGAGAUGCUGUCUGUUACAUAAUAGUUCUCAGUAUUAAAGGGUACAAUAACUACACCCUUCGUCAUGGUAAAGCUAUGUCCAAAGACACAUGGACAUCUACCCAAUGUCUCUUUUCUCCCUUCUCUCCCUCUCUCUCUCUCUCUCUCUCUCUCUCUCUCUCACACACACACACACAUACACACGCGCGCGCGCCUAAAGUACCUGCCAACUAAUGAUUAGCUAAAAAUAAAGCAAACCUGCGCAAUACAGAUUUGGAAACAUUAGGGAUGGAAAUCGUGUUGAGAAGGAACAGAAGGACAGGUUUUUUCUUCUUCUUUUGUGUGGGCUUUUUUCUCGUCUUUUUUUUUUUUUUUUUAACCUAUGACAAUUCGUUUUUAGCCCUUUGUCUUCUCUUUGCUAUUGAAUAUAGCCUUGAGCAGCGUUAAUUUCAUUUCAGCUUCACUCUCCUGCUCCUGCCACUUGCCCACACCCACAGCUGCCACUCCUCGGAGUGGGGAAACUUCCCUUCUAUUCUGCUGGGCUCAUUACCGCAGACUCCGUUGCCUCUCCUGAACAUUGGGUCAGCCUCCCCACCUCCACUCUUCCUUACUUCAAAAAGGUGCAAAGGAAGAGCAGUGUUUUGUUUUUCUUUUUUCUUUCUUCUUUUCACCACACCACCCCCCACCGUCCCCCACCGCAAACAAAGAUAAAACCUGAGACUCGAAGCUUGUCCUCAGGAAUACUAAGAACUUAGGGGCACAGCCAUCCUCACACCAGUCCAAGACUUCUCAGAGUUCAUUACACAGGGCUGGGGGCUGGACCGGCAAAACUCGAUUUGCCCAUCAAGUUAACUUGGUCGGCCUUGGACCCGAGGCCAGGGUGAAGGGACGACAACCCGGGGCCCUGUGGCUUCUCCCUAGAGCGCCCAAACAGCGGCGUAGGUCUGGGAUGCCCCCGGCCCCCGGCUUUGGAAGAGGCUGGCGCGGAGCAGGCGCCUUGGAGCAGGGUCUCGGGGGUCCCCGGAACAGUCACGUGUUCUCGAGACGCCGUUAAACCCCCGCCUCCUCUUCCCCACCGCCGCCUCCAGGUCCUGCUCCUGCUGCUGCCGCCACCGCCGGGGUGCAGGAGUGAUCGCGCUGGGCCGCGCUCCCGGGAGCCCAGGGCCUGCAGCGGCCGGGGCGCCCCGAGAGAUCAAAGUUCGGUGUUUCAGCCUGAAAAUUCUGAUGAUGGGAGAUACAACUAAUACAAAAGAGAAUGAGUAAAUAUAGUAACUAGGUAUGACAAAAGUCUCACGAGGUCUGCUCAUCGUGUUUUUCAGGAAAAAGGAAGGGAAAGGAGAGGUCUAACCACAUGGAAUGGAGAAAAAUCUGAAUUUUAGACUCAAAACUACAUUGUUUCUAUUACCACAAAUUGUGCUGCAUCUUCUCUUUCUUCAAAAAAUUUUGGACAGCAAUUUUACACUAAGUGGUACAAGGAAAGGCUCAGUAACAACUGACCUGCCACAAAGUUAGAAGAAAAGGAUUGAUUCAAGAAAGACUAUAAUAUGGAUUUAGAGCUUGACGAGUAUUAUAACAAGACACUUGCCACAGAGAAUAAUACUGCUGCCACUCGGAAUUCUGAUUUCCCAGUCUGGGAUGACUAUAAAAGCAGCGUAGAUGACUUGCAGUAUUUUCUGAUUGGGCUGUAUACAUUUGUAAGUCUUCUUGGCUUUAUGGGGAAUCUACUUAUUUUAAUGGCUCUGAUGAAAAAGCGUAAUCAGAAGACCACGGUAAACUUCCUCAUAGGAAAUCUGGCCUUUUCUGAUAUCUUGGUUGUGCUGUUUUGCUCACCUUUCACACUGACGUCUGUCUUGCUGGAUCAGUGGAUGUUUGGCAAAGUCAUGUGCCAUAUUAUGCCUUUUCUUCAAUGUGUGUCAGUUUUGGUUUCAACUUUAAUUUUAAUAUCAAUUGCCAUUGUCAGGUAUCAUAUGAUAAAACAUCCCAUAUCUAAUAACUUAACAGCAAACCAUGGCUACUUUCUGAUAGCUACUGUCUGGACACUAGGUUUUGCCAUCUGUUCUCCCCUUCCAGUGUUUCACAGUCUUGUGGAACUUCAAGAAACAUUUGGUUCAGCAUUGCUGAGCAGCAGGUAUUUAUGUGUUGAGUCAUGGCCAUCUGAUUCAUACAGAAUUGCCUUUACUAUCUCUUUAUUGCUAGUUCAGUAUAUUCUGCCCUUAGUUUGUCUUACUGUAAGUCAUACAAGUGUCUGCAGAAGUAUAAGCUGUGGAUUGUCCAACAAAGAAAACAGACUUGAAGAAAAUGAGAUGAUCAACUUAACUCUUCAUCCAUCCAAAAAGAGUGGGCCUCAGGUGAAACUCUCUGGCAGCCAUAAAUGGAGCUAUUCAUUCAUCAAAAAACACAGAAGAAGAUAUAGCAAGAAGACAGCAUGUGUGUUACCUGCUCCAGAAAGACCUUCUCAAGAGAACCACUCCAGAAUAGUUCCAGAAAACUUUGGUUCUGUAAGAGGUCAGCUCUCUUCAUCCAGUAAGUUCAUACCAGGGGUCCCCACUUGCUUUGAGAUAAAACCUGAACAAAAUUCAGAUGUUCAUGAAUUGAGAGUAAAACGUUCUGUUACAAGAAUAAAAAAGAGAUCUCGAAGUGUUUUCUACAGACUGACCAUACUGAUAUUAGUAUUUGCUGUUAGUUGGAUGCCACUACACCUUUUCCAUGUGGUAACUGAUUUUAAUGACAAUCUUAUUUCUAAUAGGCAUUUCAAGUUGGUGUAUUGCAUUUGUCAUUUGUUGGGCAUGAUGUCCUGUUGUCUUAAUCCAAUUCUAUAUGGAUUUCUUAAUAAUGGGAUUAAAGCUGAUUUAAUGUCCCUUAUACACUGUCUUCAUAUGUAAUAAUUCUCACCGUUUACCAAGAAAAGAACAAAUUCUGGGGUCAUAUAAAAUAUAUUUAUGAUAACUAUUUAUGUAUAAUAAAUAGAAAUUUUGUUAACAUGGAAUUUAAUUUAUGUGAAAGAGUUCUGGAUUCGAAUGUCAGUUCAUAAUAUAUGGAAGAUAUUUUUAUGUGUUAUAGUGGGAUUAAUUUAUUUAGUGGUGCAGUCAGUGUCAAUCCAAUCUGUAAUUUCAUUUUAGAAAGUUGUAUUACCUUCCACUUCCAUGUUGUCUUAUAAACAAAUGAAUUGUAUUUUUUGUAGAAACUAAAAGUUAUAUCUAACCAACUCAGUACUUUUGUCCAAAAAUAUAGUAAGAAAAAAUUUUUCUUGAGGAACUUUUAAUUUCAAACUUGAAGAAUAUCUACCAGCUAUCUACAUUCAUUUCUACUCCACAGGCUUCUUAAUGUUUAGUUUGUGAAGUACAGAAAAAAUUUAAUAUGCCUGGAAAAUCAUAACUAAAUGACAGAUGUAUGCCCAAAUUAUGCUUAUAGUCUUUAACAUUAAGUACAGUUUUGGAAGUCCUACAGGAAAAUGCUAUUGCCUAUUGAGAAUUGGUCAAAUUGUCAAUUUAACUCCACUGUCCUAGUAAUACACAAGUAAUUUACCAAAUAAAGAAUUUUAAAUCCUU